AUGGGAAACCGUCUCCGAUGGGUACCACUUUGGGCCCUGGGCCUCUUGGGGCUGGCCCUGGCCGCCGAUAAGGCAUCCGACAAGAUCACCGAUCUACCAGGCCUCACCUUCACCCCCACCUUCAACCAGUACUCGGGAUAUUUGGAUACAUCCCCCGGCAACCAUUUGCAUUACUGGUUCGUCGAAGCGCAACAAAACCCGGAUAAAGCCCCGUUGCUGUUGUGGCUGAAUGGAGGGCCCGGAUGCUCGUCGAUGGACGGCUUCCUCACCGAGAUGGGACCGUUCAGACCGACAAAGGAUAACGGAAGCAGCCUGGUGGAGAAUGUGUACUCGUGGAAUAAGCUGGCGAAUAUGCUGUACCUCGAAUCACCACGUGACAUCGGAUAUUCGUAUCGUGAUAAGACGGCUCCGAAAGAUGAUCUUUACAAUGAUGAUAAGACUGCCGUCGACAACGUGUUGGCUCUCCAGGCUUUCUUUGCUCGAUUCCCCGAGUACAAAAAUCGAGAUUUCUACGUGACCGGCGAAUCCUAUGGCGGCGUCUACGUGCCGACCCUGACGAACCUGUUGGUGAAGAUGAUCCAGAAUGGCACUUUGCCCUAUGUGAAACUCGUCGGAAUGGCCGUCGGAAAUGGAGCCUUGAAUCGAAUGGAUCUCGUGAAUUCCGGGCUGGAUCUUGUUUACUAUCGAGGCAUUAUUGGAAAGAGCGAAUUCGACGCAAUGCAAGAGUGCUGCCAAGCUCCACAAGAGCUGAGCGCGCCGCUGCAGAUGUGCAACUUCUCGCAAUAUGUUAAUAUUGAUGACUUCGGAAAUGCGGUCGUGGUCAACUACACGGACCCGGUGAAGCUGCGCUGCUCCCAGCGCACCGUCAAAUACGGCCAGGAUUUGGUGUGGAGCACGCUCAACAACGUCUACAACACGUGGGCCAGACUGCUACGCAGUCCUCGACUCGAUGGAUAUGGGCGAGAAAGCCAAGGCACCAUCCCACCUCAACAGACUCCGUUGGCGGCUUCUCGUAGUUAUGCUCGGCCACUGCUGCGUACAUAUGAAUCGACAGGACGUGAAGAGGCCCUCCAUAUUCCGGAUGGACUACCGGCUUGGCAGUUGUGCAACGACGACAUCAACGCCAUCUACUACAAGCAGCAGCACCCCGACAUGAUGCCCGUCUUCCAGGAGAUGUUCGACUCGGGCUAUCCCCUCCGCUUCCUCAUCUACAACGGCGACGCCGACAUGGCCUGCCAGUUCAUGGGCGACCAGUGGUUCAUCGAGCGCUUUAUCGCCAAGAACUGG